AUGGCAAGUGAGAAAGUUGAGAGAGAGGCUGAGAAAGGGUCUGAGUUGAUGUCGGCAUCUCCUUCAAGUGGGCAGGAAGAUCACAAGGUUCUCCAACACCAAAUACAGGAAUCCUUCUUGGUCUGGGAAGACCAAGCUGUGGAGGAGGGAGAAGAAGAUGCAGUAGAAGGGGAGGAAAUAGUGACAGUGCCCACGAAAUUUGAUAUAUUGCCACUUAAAGUGGUUUUUGAACCCUUUGAUAGAGGGAGAGAUUACCUAGUUGAUUUAUUUAUGGGUGUUGGAGAGGAGAUUGAAAAUGUUGCAAUGCAGGCAACUAAUCUUGAGGACAUUGCCCUUGACAAACAACAUGCUUGCCUUGUAGGCAAUUCUAGAAGAGAUGAAUAUGGCAUCUACAAGUUUUACAAACUCAUAGAAGAUGACAGUCGAGUGCACAAUUACAUGGAUCCACAACCUGAAAUCAAUGUCAAGAUGUGGGCUAUUCUCAUUGAUUGGCUGAUUGAGGUUCAUAGAAGAAUUGAACUCAUGCCUGAAAUCCUCUAUCUCACCAGAAAUUUAAUCGAUGGAUGCCUAUCCAUGAAGGUGGUAUCGAGGCAAAGGCUUGCCUUGGACCUUAGCUGUAGAGGGAAGGAAGGCAAGUAUGCAAUUGUGACUGAUAGAUGGCAGAAGUUUAAUGGUGUAUAUCUUGUUGGCAAAAUACUGGAGUUUCUAGCCAGCUAUGCAGACGAGUUUUUGCUCCACGAUGUUGGAUUUUGA